UGGCCUGCUGCCUGGGGUGUUCAGGCCUAGGGGCGGGUGACACUGCAAACCAAGCAAACCACUUAUCUCAGCUGGCCCGGGCGGGGCCAGACAAACCAAGCAAUUGUUUCAAACAACACAAACCAGUAUCAGAUCCUCACGACAUUCCGGAAGAUCGAGGCCGCAGGUGGUCCCAUACAGUUUCGGAGCCGAUGACUUGAUUGAUUCACCCAUUACCAAACGCCUACUCACUACUGGCCCCAAAGUGUUGGUGGAGCUCGGAGAGAGCAGGUACCGGUCAAGACUCGCCAUACUGUUAGGUACAAUAAUAUCUGGCACCACCUGAUUCUCUAGCCGAUCGAUCAGCCAAUUCAAUUGCGCCCCGACAAUGGCAUUGCCCCGGCCAUAUAUGCCUCUUCGGAGGUCGCUCUGUCAAUUCUCAUCUCGAACCUGUCGCGCGCCUCGUAAUAUCACAGGGCCAUUCCGCAGAUACUCUUCGGAGCAAACGCCUCCCGAACCAAAGCCAUUCACUGUCUGGCGACCAUAUCUACGACUGGCCAUUGGUGUGCCCUUCAUCGCUGCUUUGGUAUAUUCCAUGAUGACCGAAGAAGUGACCGAACUCGACUCCCCAUCGCUUGUGGAGCUCGAUGAGACGCUCAAGAAGCAAGCCACAAUCAGCGAACAAUCUCCCAUGCGCCUGCGCAUGGAGAAGUUGAUCAAAGACCACCAACAGAAGAUUAUCGAAGAGCUGAGCAGGAUAGAUGGAACGGAAUUCAAAACCGAUACCUGGACGCGCCCCAAUGGAGGUGGUGGAAUAUCUUGUGUCCUUCAGGACGGGAAUGUCUUCGAGAAAGCUGGUGUCAACGUCUCCAUCGUCUACGGCGAAUUGCCCCGUCCAGCCAUUGAGAAGAUGCGGGCAGAUCACAAGUCAUUCGUCGGUGCCGAUGUCGACUCUUUGAGUUUCUUCGCCGCCGGCCUGUCCCUUGUUUUGCACCCUCAUAACCCCAUGGCUCCGACCGUUCACCUGAACUAUCGGUACUUCGAGACAUCAGAUCCCAAGGACCCCAUCAAUGGCGACAAGAAUUGGUGGUUCGGUGGUGGCACAGAUCUGACCCCCACCUAUCUGUUCCCUGAAGACGCCAAACACUUCCAUCAGACGAUCAAAGAUGCCUGUGAUCGACACGACGCCACAUACUACCCGAAGUUCAAGGCAUGGUGUGACAAGUACUUCUAUAUACCCCAUCGCCGGGAGUGUCGCGGCGUUGGAGGUAUCUUCUUCGACGACCUUGAUGCCAGUUUCUUACAGUCCUCCUCGAGCUCGUCGCAAAAUCCGCAGGAGACCCUUUUCUCCUUCGUGUCGGACGGUCUCGCCUCCUUCCUCCCCUCCUACGUCCCCAUCAUUGAACGCCGGAAGGACAUGCUCUACACGCCCGAGCAAAAGGAAUGGCAACAGCUUCGACGUGGCCGCUACGUCGAGUUCAACCUGGUGUACGACCGUGGCACCAGCUUCGGUCUUCGCACUCCGAAUGCCCGUAUCGAAAGUAUUCUGAUGAGUCUCCCCCGCACCGCAAGCUGGGCCUACAUGGACCCGGUAUCGGGAACCCGGACGGAGGAUCCUGAGAGCGGGGAUGACGCCCUUCUCGGCGAAGGCAAGGAGCGCGAGAAGGAGAUCAUGGAUGUUCUGAGACACCCUAGACAAUGGGUGUAAGGCUGAUCAGGCCUGCCAGCAAAAUAUCCCCGAAAACGUCUGAUAAUUUCUUCAUGGACGAUGUAUUACAUGUAUGUAUAUUAUGAGCUGCACCUAUGGCUACGUGACGCAAAAAGCAGAACCGCCUGUAGAACAGAAAGAAGAGGAUUUCAACACAAACACAAAUGUUUAUCUCGAUGCAACAGCGCUUUCAAGGUGCGUUUGCCAAUAUGCCUAUAAUGCCGACCAAGCUCCAACAAAUCAGGAUAAUCUAGCCGCAACGAUCCGGUACAGCGCGGUAGACGAAAAGUAUGUAUGUAGAAAGGUAUAAUAACAACAGCAAGAACAGUCUUGAUAACAAUG